CUACGACAUGCGGAUGUAGGCCCCUGUCCGGCACUAUAAAUCUCGCCCCGUGUCUUGGCCGCCAAUCCAGCAGCAGCACACGAUUCCUUCUUGCCAAUAAGCAAGGCUAGCCAGGGAGAAGCGAGCUAGCUCCAGCUUCUAAGAUGGAGUCCAGGCGGGGCCUCAUAGUGCUCCUGCUCUCGGCGUUGGCCGCGGCGUCGGCGUCGGCGUCGGCGCAGCUGGACGAGAAGUUCUACAGCCAGUCGUGCCCCAGCGUGGAGGACGUCGUCCGGAAGGAGAUGGUGCGCGCGCUCUCCGUCGCGCCCAGCCUCGCCGGGCCGCUCCUCAGGAUGCACUUCCACGACUGCUUCGUCAGGGGAUGCGACGGCUCGGUUCUCCUGGACUCCAUCGGCAACAACACAGCGGAGAAGGACGCGAAGCCGAACCUGACGCUGCGCGGCUUCGGCUUCAUCGAGACGGUCAAGGCCGCGGUGGAGAAGGCGUGCCCCGACACCGUCUCCUGCGCCGACGUGCUUGCGCUCGUGGCCAGGGACGCCGUGUGGCUGAGCAAGGGCCCGUUCUGGUCCGUUCCUCUCGGCCGGCGAGACGGCAGGGUCUCCAUCUCCAACGAGACCGACCAGCUGCCGCCACCCACCGCCAACUUCACCGAGCUCACUCAGCUCUUCGGCGCCAAGAACCUUGACAUCAAGGACCUCGUCGUUCUCUCGGGCGGGCACACGAUCGGCACGUCGCACUGCUUCUCCUUCUCCGACCGCCUCUACAACUUCACCGGCCUGGACAACGCCCACGACAUCGACCCGACCCUCAGCCUGCAGUACAUGUCCCGGCUGCGCACCAAGUGCCCGAGCCUGGACGACAACACGACGCUGGUGGAGAUGGACCCGGGCAGCUUCAGGACCUUCGACCUGGGCUACUACAGGAACGUGGCCAAGCGGAGGGGCCUCUUCCACUCCGACGGCGCGCUGCUCACCGACGCGUUCACCCGCGCCUACGUGCUGCGCCACGCCUCCGGUGCGUACCAGGAGGAGUUCUUCGCCGACUUCGCCGCGUCCAUGGUCAAGAUGGGCAGCGUGGACGUGCUCACCGGCAGCCAGGGCGAGAUCAGGAAGAAGUGCAGCGUCGUCAAUUAACCUGAGAUCGAUCGAGACUGUAUGUAGUGUGCAGCGUCAUUACGGGCCGGGGUUCAGACUUUUGAUUUGACAUGUACUACGUACGAUUUCCAUCUCCUUUUCUUCUCCUUCCUAUUUUUACUGUAUCAUCGAUUGAUUGAUUGUUUGUUUUGUUACAACCAUGCAUGCAAAAUUUUCUCCUCUCCACUAGGAUCUCAUGAUAAUACAAUAAACUUGUGUUUU